GUUCCUUCUUAGCAACCACCCUCCUUACUCUCCAGGGCCCUGGGUUCCCCGGGCGUGAAAAGGUUAGAGGGAAUCUCUAGAGAGAGGAUGACCCGGCCCCUGGAGCAGGCGAUCACUGCCAUCCUGUGCACCUUCCAGGAGUACGCGGGGCGCUGCGGGGACAAGUACAAGAUAUGCCAGUCUGAGCUCAAGGAGCUGCUGCAGAAGGAGCUGCCCACCUGGACCCCGACCGAAUUUCGAGAGUGCGAUUACCAGAAGUUCAUGAGCGUUCUGGACACCAACAAGGACUGCGAGGUGGACUUCCAGGAGUUCGUGCGCUCCCUCGCCAGCCUCUGUGUCUACUGCCACGAGUACUUCAAGGAGUGCCCCCCGGAGCCCCCCUGCCCCCAGUAG